GAAAUCAUCAAAAUUUUAUUAGAUGGAACAUAGAAAUCCACUAGAAUCUCUCAUCAUCAAAUUCCCUUUAAUCAAAUUCUCAAUCUCCACUUUCUCAUUAAUAUCCUCAACAACAUCAUUCCCUUUAAUCAAUUUCAUCACCAUCACGUAGUGAAAAAAAAAAGAAAGAAAAAACUCAUCACCAUCACCAACAAAGCAAACAGAUCGCAAGGUGAAAAGGCUCCUCGGAAGCAUAUAGCAACAAAGGCUGCUCGUAAAUCAACUCAGGCAAACGGCGGAGUAAAAAAGGCACACAGAUUCAGAUCCGAAAGAUAAUUUUUUACGACAGAACAGAAAUUUCACGAACAAGGCGUUCAAUUGAAGUUACUACAGGUUCGUUCCAUUGAAGUUAUUCAAUCUUUUUUUCUUAAGAGAACACACAGAACAGAAAUGAGUUUCCGUUCCAAACCACUGAAGCUCUUAACCAGAUUCAUUUUCCCCAAACACCUCUCACACACAACCUUCAACUCAUCAACACCAAAUCACAACAUUGUCACUUUAAUAUCCGAUUCAUUUAGAACAAAACAAAAUUGGGACACAAUAACAAAAAAAUUCACUUCCAUCAAAUUAACCCCAUCAUUAGUUGAACAAAUCUUACUACAAUUUAAAAACCCAAUCGAUGCAAAAAAGGCAUUAAGUUUCUUUCACUGGUCCACUAAAACGCACCGUUUUAAACACACACUUCAAGCUUACACCAUAACCAUCAAUCUCUUACUCCACGCAAAUUUAAUAACCGACGCUAAAGCAUUACUCGAAUCCCUAGCAAAUCAAAACCCCCAAACCGAUACGGUUCCUGCAGUUAUCGAUUCAUUCAUAAACAUAAACUCCGGUUCUCAUUGUCACUCUCAGGUUUUCGAUUUGUUAAUUAAAACCUACGCUAAAGCGAGAUUAACAGACGUUGCUUUUUCCGUUUGCCGUUAUGUGGAUGAGAACGGUUUCUGUGUCGGUUUAUCGAGUUUUAACGCUUUGCUUCAUGUUACUGUGAAGUGUAACCGUUUUGAAACGGUUUGGGAGGUUUAUGGUUAUAUGAUUGAGAAAAGAGUUUACCCUAAUUCUGUUACAUUGAGGAUUUUGACUGAUGCUCUUUGUAAAGAGGGGUUGUUACAAAGGAAUGUUGAUGCGGUGGAUCGAAUUAUCGGGAAACGAAAUUCGCAUUCGCCUUCGGUUAUUGUUAAUUCGAGUUUGAUAUUUAGGAUGUUGGAAAAGGGGGAGGGAGAAGGUGAGUUGGUUAAGUUAGUUACAUUGUUGAAGAGAUUGUUGCAGAAGAAUUUGAUUGGUGAUUCGGUUGCGUACUCGUUGAUUGUUCAUGUUAAAGUUAGGUUAGGUGAUCUGGGUUAUGUUUUUGAGAUGUAUAAUGAGAUGGUGAGAAGAGGUUUUAGUGAGAAUUCGUUUGUUUAUACGUCGUUUAUACGAGCGUUUUGUGAGAAGGGACGGGUUGAUGAAGCGAUUGGAUUGAUGAGGGAAAUGGAAGGGAAAGGGUUGAGGGCUUAUGGUGAGACUUAUGAAUGUGUUAUUGUUGGAUGUGCGGAUUCCGGACUGUUGAAGGAGUGUUGGAGUGUUUUUGAGGAAAUGUUGAGUGUUGGGUUUGUUCCUAGUGUUUUGGCGUUUGAUAAGAUGGCCGAGAAGCUUUGUGUGAAUGGGGAUGUGGAGAAGGUGAAUGAGAUUUUGACUGUGUUGUUAGAUAAAGGGUUUUUGCCGAGUGAUGUUACUUAUUCUCACUUGAUAGAUGGUUAUGCACGAAAUAUUGAGGUUCAGGGAGUUCUUAAGAUAUAUUAUGAAAUGGAGUAUAAGUCUAUGUGUCCCGGAUUGUCUGUUUAUUCGUCAAUGAUUCAGUGUUUCUGCCGUCUUGGAAAGCUUGAAGAUGCGGAGAAGUAUUUAAGGAUUAUGAAAGGUCGGUCGUUGGUUCCAAAUGUUACUAUAUAUGACACAUUGAUCGCUGCUCACAUGCAGAAGGGAAAUCGUGAUAGGGCUCUUCAGCUUCGCAAUGAAAUGGCUUCAUUGGAGUUGCAACAUUGUUAGUGUUCCCAAAAGAGUUGCUCUGAAAGAACAAAGUGCUUUAUGUAUCAGAGACAGCAAUGUUUGAAACUGUGCAUACAGUGUGGAUUGAGCUGAAAAUUUAUAUACAUCUCGUGUAGAUCAAGAAGCAAGGUUCAGACUUCAGAGGCUGUUGACUUAUUGAGUUUGCCACAGCCAAAGAAGCAUAGAAAGAAAGCUUUUGCGACUUUGUCUAGUCUGGAAUAUCAUUUUAGAACUGACUGCAAACAUUUCAAGACUGUCAUAUCAGUGGAAGCAAUAAUGACUUAUAUACACACUUCUAUGAUACACUUAAGGUCUUUGUUGUCUGUAUUGCCUAUACUCCUUGUCUACCUCUGUUUGUACCUGUGGUGCCGGUGCUGCCGUUGCUGCUCAUCAAAUGGAUCAUCAAGAACGAGAAAUUGCUAUUAAUAGAUGGUUUGAUUUGCGCCGAAGAGCUGUAGCUCAACUUAUGUGUGCAAUUGUUUAUUGUUAUGUUCGGAUGUCUCGUAAGAGAAAAUUAAGUUAUAGUAUGAGCUCUGAGAGAGAAAGGGUGCGUGAAGAAAUAAUGUAUCGAAUUAGUAACUGUGAAACUAGUAGAAAUCUAUUGAGAAUGAGCCCUCAAACUUUUUUAAGGCUAUGUGAUAUGUUAGAAAGAGAGGGGGGUUUACAGGCUACACGAUGGUCAAGCGUGGAAGAACAAGUUGCAAAAACAAUUUACAUAUUAACCCAUAAUGUUAAAAAUCGUGAAGUCAAAUUUUGGUUUCGGCGUUCGGGCGAGACAAUUAGUCGUCAUUUCCAUCAAGUUUUAAAAGCUAUUCUUGAAUUGGAAGAAAAAUUUAUUGUACAACCUGAUGGCUCAACGGUCCCUCUGGAAAUUUCUAGUAGCUCUAGAUUCUACCCAUAUUUUAAGGAUUGUGUUGGUGCUAUAGAUGGAACACAUAUACGAGUCAAAGUAUCUGCAAAAGAUGCCCCUUGAUAUCGUGGUAGGAAAGACUAUCCAACACAAAAUGUUUUAGCAGCGUGUACUUUUGAUUUAAAGUUCACGUAUGUUCUCGCGGGAUGGGAAGGUUCUGCCUCUGACUCGAGAAUAAUAAAGAAUGCACUAACACGAGAAGAUAAACUUAAAAUUCCUCAAGGAAAAUAUUAUCUUGUUGAUGCUGGCUUCAUGCUGACAAGUGGACUUAUUACACCUUAUAGAGGAGUUCGGUAUCACUUGAAAGAAUAUUCGG